GAUUACUGUGGAAACCUCAUCUGUGAUUCAUGGAGUGGGAUGCUAAAAGCGGAAAGGAGGGAGCAAGAGAGCCGGAGGCCCCCGGGGCUGGCGUAGGGAUUAUAUGAGAGGGAAAAGUCCGUCUAUGUAGCGGCAGCGGAGCCGGGGCAUUGCACAAGCUCUGGCAGAUCACGGAAAGGAAGACAAAGAGAGCGCGUGGUUGCGCGCGCCUCUGAUGAAUUAAGCCGGCAGGAGACGCGCUCUCCUUGCAGGAUCCAGAGAAAGCCCGACGCGCGAGCCGAUCCGACGAGACGGACAAAGAAACACGGAUCGCUCAUGGGGAAAGGCGGGGAGCAAGGCGAGGAGAGCAGCGAGCGGGAGACGCAAAUGCCGUCUUACACUUGGGAAGAGAUCCAGAAGCACAACCUGCGCACAGACAAGUGGCUGGUGAUCGAGCGGAAGGUGUACAACAUCACCCAGUGGGUCAAGCGGCACCCGGGGGGACUGCGGGUGAUCAGCCACUAUGCCGGCGAAGACGCCACGGAUGCUUUCCAAGCUUUUCACCCUGAGCUCAGCUUUGUGCGGAAAUUUCUUAAACCUUUGUUAAUCGGAGAGCUCGCCUCAGGAGAACCCAGUCAAGACAGAGACAAGAAUCCCCAGUUGGUGGAAGAUUUCCGUGCCCUAAGAAAGACAGCAGAGGAUAUGAACUUAUUUAAAGCCAGUCCUGUAUUUUUUUCCCUAUACCUCGGUCAUAUUAUUUUGAUGGAAGCUCUGGCUUGGCUAAUGGUUUUCUACUGUGGUACUAACUGGAUCACAACCAUCAUGCUUUCUGUCAUCCUUGCAGUCUCUCAGGCCCAGGCUGGAUGGCUACAACAUGACUUUGGACAUCUCUCUGUAUUCAAGAAGUCUGUAUGGAACCAUUUAGUCCAUAAGUUUGUGAUUGGUCACUUGAAGGGUGCCUCGGCAAACUGGUGGAAUCACCGGCACUUCCAGCACCAUGCAAAGCCAAACAUCUUCAAAAAAGACCCAGAUGUGAACAUGCUGCAUCUCUUUGUCCUGGGGAAUACACAGCCAGUUGAGUAUGGAGAAAAGAAACUGAAGUAUUUCCCUUAUAACCAUCAACACCAAUACUUCUUUUUCGUUUUCCCACCUCUCCUCAUUCCAGUUUAUUUCCAAAUGCAAAUCUUUGCAACCAUGGUCAGACGCAGAUUCUGGGCGGACCUGGCCUGGGCCUUCAGUUAUUACAUGCGCUACUUCAUCACAUAUAUCCCAUUCUAUGGAGUCCUGGGGUCCUUGUUUCUCCUCACUUUUGUCAGGUUUAUGGAAAGCCACUGGUUUGUUUGGGUCACACAGAUGAAUCACAUUCCAAUGGAAAUUGACCGUGAGAAGCACAGAGACUGGCUUAGCACUCAGUUGGCAGCUACCUGCAAUAUCGAACAGUCCUUUUUCAAUGACUGGUUCAGUGGGCAUCUGAACUUUCAAAUUGAGCACCAUUUGUUCCCUACAAUGCCACGCCAUAACUACCACAAGAUUGCCCCACUAGUGAAGUCACUGUGUGCAAAGUAUGGAGUUGCUUAUGAAGAAAAACCUCUGAUGAGAGCAUUUGCUGACAUCGUUGGGUCCCUCAAGAAAUCUGGAGCACUCUGGUUGGAUGCCUACCUCCAUAAAUGAAGCUGGAUUUCAGUGGGGGUGGUGCUAGCAAAGGGGAGGGCUGUGGGUUCACAUGUGUAUUCUUAAUGUCCAAUUUCAGUCUGUAUCUGUGUGCACAUUUUGAGGGGGAAUUUCCUUUCUUGUGAGAAUGGUGCUGGGGUGGGUUCAGGGGACCAGUUUGAAACCAGAGAGGGUUUCAGAUAUGUCUUUUGAGGAUUAAUUGAACACACUGGAGGCUAAAAACUGUACCAGUUCUUUGGGGUCUUCUAUUUUGUGGAGGGCAGAUGAGGAAGUUGAAGGAGCAGGAAGCCAGGGUGGUUUUCCCUUUCCUCUUCUUAAGUCUCGUAGCAGUGGCCCCAUCCCAGCCUCUAAGGCACUUGGUUCACAUGCACAGGAACAGGCCCAUUUCAAUCAGUGGCUCCAUGUGUGAACUGGAGGAAAACCCAAGAAGCAUCUCUGUGUCCUUUAAAAUGACAACUUAAAUCAGCUGUCCUAUCUGUCAUAAUGUUGGUACAGUAGGGGAAAGGACAUUUAAUAAUAUUCAUACAAUAUUUAUUAUUUGUGAAACACCUUUAAAAAACCCAUGCUGUAUGAAACGUGUGAAGAACAGACUGUGUCCAAAGGGCAUGUAAUGUAACUGAGAAUAUGCUGAGAAUGCUGCUGGAGUUGUGUGUGUGUGUCUGUAUGUGUGUGUGUGCGUGCGCGCGCACUCUCUCUGCCUCCCUUCCCCUUCAUUCACCCUGGAUCAGUCACCUUAGUCCAGCUAGGGUCUAGACAUGAGUGGAAGCAGGCUUUCAUUUUCGUAUCUCUAACUAGAUGGCAGAAAUGUGUAGACAAAUGGCUCCUACAUAAUAUGAAUCACCAGCCAGGCAGCACUUAUGCUGCCUCUUUAUAGACUGUUGUUAUUCACAACCAACUGUUCAGGAUGUGGAACAGGGACCAAAUGUAGUUCUUCUCUUCUCUCACUUGCCUGAACAGUUGACUAAAUGUUUUACAGAAUCCUUAAUCAGGGCUAUGUAGCUGUAGGUUCAGAUUGAGGUCACUGAGGUCAUUUGGGAACCCAUAUCAAAGUUUGUUUGUAGCCCCAAAUUAUAAAUGUCUAGAAUGGAUCAGAAUGUGAUCUUUGCUGCAGCGAGGGGCUUGCUUUAAAGAUUAAGAAUUGUUUCUGGAACCAUUAACAGUGAUAGAAUUUUUAGUAAAUCAUAUGUAUGGCUCACUUGCCGCAAAAUUUGCCAAAUUUAUGCAAAGAUGGAAAUGACCAUAGCAGGCUAGGGCAUCUUUUCCACCUAGCUGGCAUUUUAUUGCUCAGAAUAAUCAGCAUUUCAACAGAAGAGAUACAUUUAACAGUCCCAGCAACAGAUAAAAAAUGGGCCAAAUAAACCAGCUGUUCGGGAGAGCUCACUCUUUUUGGUUACAACAGCAGGGUUUCUCUUUCUAGUUGCUUUCUUGCUAGGUUUUUGAUCUUAAACUGACAGUAACAUGCUAAGCAGAGCUAUGCCUUUCUUAGAAAAAUGUAACUGUGCUUAUGAUUGUACUGUUAGAAUUUCUUUAUACUUGAGGCUUAAUGGCCUUUAGAGUCGCUCUUGUACUGUUUAUGUUAAUACGUUGUGAAUGUAGUACAAAAACUGGAGAGGAAGCAUUUGUAAAGCAAACAAAUCUAUUUGCCAAUGUUGGUUUUACAUCCUGAUUGCAGAAUUUAUUCAAAAAACGGCCUUCAUCUGUCCAACCCAAACCGCAUGUCAUUUGAGAAAGUAGUUCCUUGGGGCACUUUUAAAUGUGGACCAAGUGGUUUACUCAGAUAUUCUUGAAAGGCUCCUUUCAAUCUAGCCAGCUAUAAACCUAGCACAUUUUUUUUAUCCUGUUUCUCUUCAAGAAGUUCAGGGUGGCAGGUAUGCUUCUCCCUUUCAUAGUAUAUUCUCAACAACUCUAAGAGGUGGGUUAGACUGAGAUUGUUAUUGAUAGGGACUUGAACUCAGGUGUCCUAGUCUGAUACUUCUGAAGACUGUAUCCCAAUUGACAUGGUUCACUAGUGCUGCUUCUGAUACCACAUUUCCCUUUAAACAGGAAAGCUGUCCUGAAAUGGUUGACAAUGUACUUCAUCAGGCCAUUUCAUAUAAUAUAUUUUUGUACAUAGAAUUCCAUCUUAUUGGAGUACAAACUAUGGCCAAAUGUGUGGUCUUGGUGAUCACAAGUAGGGCUGUUGGACAUUCCUGUAGUUGCCCGGAUCAAGCAUGAUGAAUGCUGACCUUGAAUUAGAGCAGAUGUGGGUUCAAAUCUUAUUCAGUCAUGUAGUUUCUGGGUGAUCCUGAUCUAACUUGUCUAGCAUGGUGGUUCUAAUGGGAAAAAAAUAGAAUAAUCUCAUGCAUACUAACCUGAGCUUUUUGGAGAAGGGCAAGAUACAAAUUAAAUGAAUAAGAACAUAAGAACAAGCCAGCUGGAUCAGACCAGAGUCUAUAUGGUCCAGCUCUCUGCUACUCGCAGUGGCCCACCAGGUGCCUUUGGGAGCUCACAUGCAGGAUGUGAAAGCAAUGGCCUUCUGCGGCUGUUGCUCCCGAUCACCUGGUCUGUGGUAUGAGAGCAUGCUGGGAAUGUUCACAAGGACCAAAAAUAUAUAUCUGGGGAGACAGACCUUUGGUGUAUAAGAACAAUUAGAUUAUGCUAGAGACAUGCAGUUUUACAAGGUUUCUGGGACCUUCUUUGUGUAUCUUAUACUUCUGUCUGACUGCUUGGAGGCUAUUAAAUCCAACAGACAUCAAUUUACACAAGUAAUUACCAAGUUGAAGCCCCUGAUGAACAGUGAAUACAGUGCAGUUUUGGAUCAUUAACAUCUAGGGGUUAAUAAAUGAGAUAGCUACUGAAUUUGCUACUAUUGCCUAUUCAGUGCCUCUAAAUGUUUGACAGGUAAUUAUCAAUAUUACUUGACAUUAUAUACAUUGAUAUCACAGUGGUGACUUUUGAUUAUACUUUUCCCUCUCAUUGUUCCUACUGCAGCUUGUGGACCUCCGGUUGCAGAAUUAAUAAAAACAUUCCAUAUUUGGUAACCUACUUAGACAACAUAGGAAAUGACCAGUUAAUAUGACUGUGGUAAAAACAAUUACAUAUUGCCUUAAUCUUUCUAGGCAUGACUCAACCAAAACUAAAUACUGUUAAAUCCCACUGAUUUAAAUGCAAAGGUGUACAAUACUAACCUAAACAGACAUACCCUCAGUGGUGGGAUUCAGCAGGUUCACACCACUUUGGCAGAACCAGUUGUUAAAAUGGUGCUUGUAAACAACCAGUUGUUAAACUAUUUGAAUCCCACCACUGCAUAACCUUAUAAAUCCAUUGAAAUCAAUAAGUUUAGAAACAUGUAACUCACAUUUAGGAUUCCUCUGUUAAAUACAUAUGAUUGAAUCCAAUCAGCUUUUCCGCUGAUAAAAAGGGAGAUGGGAAUUCCGUUUAACUAACAUAAGGCUAUGCUGGUCGCAAUCAGAAAUAAGACCUUCAUAGACAAAAGCCACGUGGGAUAGAGGUGGGGUCUAACUCAUCAGCACCUGCUCAAUUGAAAUCAAUGGGACAUACAAGCACUUAAUUUUGGCCAAGUCAUGCCCUCAGGUUCUCUCUGGUUCUGUGAAUGUAUUUUGGUUUCUCUGCUCAGCAGGGAAGGAGCACAAAAAAAAAGUACUGUAGCAUCUCCUAUGCAAUCUUCCAAGUAGGCAGCUCACAGCCUAAAGUCUCUUUGCUGUUUCUCCCAUUUCUUCCAAAUAGUGGUUCCAGAACAAAUUAUUGUGGUUGCAGCUUUAUAUCAGAUUUUGGGGCACCCUAGCCAUCCAACUUCCUUGCAGUCCAUCUUGUUGGGAUUUUUAAUACUUAGGUAUGCCCCAAAGACCCCCAGAAAACCUGGGAUUCAGCCAGUCUUUCUCCAGUCAGUAGCCUUAUUCUCAUCAGUUCAUGUGAAAGUUUACAAUGAGUACCAUUAAAAGUUUUUCAUGUCCAUAGGAGAUUGUGCAGGACCACUGAUUCUAGGAAGUGACACUUGAUCUCCUGAUGGCUGUAGAAAUUCCAGGCAUUACUGUGUGACACAAACAACUACGUUGCUGGGACAAUCCAUAGAAUUAGGAGCCAAUAUGUAGCUAUAGUAAGCAAUUCUUUUAGUGAAAUGUCCUAAAGGGAACAAUAUGGGGAUAGGAAAGUUACUCAGAAAAAACUCUUCCUCCCUUAACUAAGACAACUCCAAUGGCUGUUUCCACCCGCCGAAUCAUAGAUAUCUACUUGUUCAUAGUGCAGUGGAUCUUAGUCAUUAAAAUAAAUGUUAGUUUUUGCAUUUAGGAGA